AUGAAGCCGGUCGUCAGUUCCAUGCAAGCUUGGUCUUGCACCGUCAUAUCGGUAUUUGCCAUCAUAAUCCUCUCCGUGCUGGGUUUCCUAUUCAAUAAGAAACAUCACGAGCUCGUCGGAGGCGAAGACGACCCGGAUAAUGGGCCCGAGGUGGCAGCAACGGUCUUUACCGCAGUGAUCAUCUAUGCUGCAUUCCUCGUAUUUUGCGGCUUACAAGGCCUUCUACAUCUACGCGAGAACCGGCGAGGAGCGAUUGCAUUGUGA